AUGGCGACAAACUUUGACAUGAACGAUAUGACCGUUGAACAACUUAUGGCGCUUGGUGAAAUAAUUGAUGAUAGCGAUUAUGAGGAAAAUCUUGAGGAUGAAGUGGAGAAACUCUAUGGGGACAAGUCCUACCGUGUUGCACCUAAGGACAAGGGAGAAAACCCCCUCAUGAAAGAAAAACUGUUCAUUGAUGAAGGUGAUCGCACUACGGAUCCUAAGAGGCCAAGGAGGCUCCCACUAAACUAUAAGGGCAAGAGAGGAAUAAUGCCGACAUGGAAAUAUUCCGAGAGACAGAAGGCAAAGGCCCUACUAGUUGAGGAGGCGUACCAGAGCCUACUAAGUAAAGGAGUUGAAGGCCUGCCACCAACAAUGGGAGGUAGAUGGAGAACGGAUGAUCCCCAGGUGAACGCGGAGAUGAAGAGGCUCGAAAACCUUAGGAACCCCAAGCGUCCUAGAGGUAGACCACCAAAGGUUAAGGCUGACAGUGAAGCCAAGGCCCCCAAAAGGAGAGGUAGACCACCAAAGGCUAAGGUAGCUGAAACACUAAAGGUUAAGGUCCCCAAACCACCAAAGGCUAAGGUAAGUAAAACACCAGAAGCUAAGGUCCCCAAGAGGAGAGGUAGACCACCAAAGGCUAAGGUAGCUGAAACACUGAAACCUAAGACUAGAAAACAAACAGUCGCGGAGAGGUUCAUAAGUCAGAACCGAAUAAAACUCUCAGUUCCCGCGGAUAGCGUUAUAACUCAGGUGGGACCAAAUAAGUUCACGGUGACUGUGGACCUCAGCAGAAAACCAACAAGGAAAGCUCCUGAGGUACCAAAGGGUGUGGCUCCGUGGAAACCUAGGGAAAGACCAGUUCCCAAACCAAGAACUGUAAUUCCUAGGGAAAGACCAGUUCCCAAGCCUAGGACUGUAAUUCCUAGGGAAAGACCAGUUCCCAAGCCUAGGACUAAAAAGCCAGUGCCUCCUCCAAAGUUAAGGAAGCCUGUGAAGGUAACCAAGGAAGUUGGGGAACAGCCGGUAGUGGUCGCACCAGAGGAACAUGAAAUCGAUCCUUUUGGAACAUACCUUGAGAAGCCAUCCUAUAGGAAAAUAGAAACUGCCGCAAAUGGUGCCGCUGUGACUUAUUCCAUAACUCCAAAUUAUAUGGAUCCCCUAGACCAGAUGACCGCGAGUAGGCAGGUGGUGAGGGGAAUAUUAGUAAAUGAGCUGAAGAGAAUGGGAGGUCUGAAAUAUACGGAAACCAUCAAGGUAAGAAUGUCGAAGGAAAUCGGAAAUGAUAAAACAAAGAAGGAUUCAAUAUACUUCAAGUCAAAAACAGGAACCGCAACCAACUUCGAGGACAUUGAAAGCACUGCCGCCCAGAACCAGCUGAGAAUCUUAUCUAGAAUUGAAACCUUCCAGAACUUAGGUUCAAACUGGAUCAUACUAAAUAUUGAGAGCCAUUACGUUAAUAUUGCGAUGUAUAAACCUCUAAAGGGUAGUUCAUAUAUGAAGUUACCCGCAGACAUCAGCAAUCCAAAAUGCGGCCUCAUAAAUAUGCAAAACAAUGACAAUAAAUGUUUUAUGUGGAGUCAUUUGAGACAUGUGAGACCAAGGGCUAGAAGAGCAACCACCAUAACACGGCAGGACAGAGAGUUCGCGAAAAACCUAAACUAUGAGGGAAUAGACUUCCCCGUGAAAAUAAGCGACAUUGAUAAAAUUGAGAGGAAGAACUCCAUAAGCAUAUCAGUGUUUGGUUAUAAGGGUAAGAAGCAGUUCUAUCCAAUUAGAAACUCCAAAACAAAAUAUGACGAGCAUAUGGAGCUGCUGCUGUUGGGUGACAACGACGGUGGUAACCACUACGUUCUAAUAAAGGAUGUAAACAGAAUGCUCUUCAGUGUUAGCGGAAACUCGAACAACAAACACUUCUGCCUACACUGCCUGCAUAGUUGCGUUAGUGAGGAGUCACUGGAAAAACAUCGUGAAACAUGUAUUGAGGUAAAUGGAACUCAAGCCACAAAGCUUCCGAGUGAGGGUACAAAAAUAAAGUUCAAAAACCAUAGGAACUCAAUGCCCGCACCAUUUGUAAUAUACGCCGAUUUUGAGUCCAUACUAGUUCCAGAAGAGAGAAAACUUGAAUCUGAAGACCCUGAGGACAAGAGUACUACAGAACUAUACCAGACCCACAAGGCCUGUAGUUUUGGGCUUAAAACAGUGUGCCACUACGAUGACCAGUACUCCGGUGAAUAUAUAAGCUACGUUGGUAAAGACGCCACAGUGGUCUUUUUGAAGACCGUACUGAAGGAGUCCAUUAAGUGCCGAGAGAUGGUAAACAAAAUAUUCAAGAAAAAGAUGGAAAUCACACCAGAGCAAGAAGCUGAGUUCUGGAUGACAAGGAACUGCUCCAUAUGUGGCAACGACUUAGGUGAUGACAGAGUGAGAGACCACGACCACGUAACUGGACUGUACCGUGGAGCUGCCCAUAAUAUGUGCAACCUAAAAUAUAGAAUCACAUGGAAAGUUCCAGUGGUCUUCCACAACCUAAGAGGUUAUGAUAGCCAUCUAAUAAUGCAGGAAAUCGGUAAGUUUAAGAUGAACAUCAACGUGGUCCCAAAUAACAUGGAAAAAUACAUUUCCUUCUCACUAGGUAAAAGUCUUGUGUUCAUUGACUCAAUACAAUUCAUGGCUUCUUCCCUGGAGGCACUUGUGAGUAACCUUUCACCUGAAGACUUCAAGAUAGUCGGUCAGCGGUGGCAAGGUGAGGACUUAGAUCUUGUGAGACAAAAAGGUAUAUUCCCUUAUGAAUACCUGGAUGACAUAAGUAAACUUGAUACUGAGGGACUUCCAAGUAAAGACAAAUUCUACUCAUCACUAUAUGAGUCUGAAGUGAAAGAAGAAGAUUACCAGAGAGCUCUAAAAGUCUGGGAUCACUUUAAGAUGAAAACAAUGAGAGACUACCACGAUCUCUACCUGGAGACUGACGUUCUUCUUCUAGCAGAUGUUUUUGAGAAUUUCAGGAGGACUUGUCUGGAAAACUAUAAGCUUGACCCUGCUUGGUGCUACAUAUCAGCACCAAGUCUAAGUUGGGACGCAUUCCUAAAACAGUCAGGAGAGGAAAUAGAAUUGGUAAGCGAUAUGGACAUGUUCCAGUUCUUUGAGAAGGGAAUGAGAGGUGGGAUAAGUCAUAUUGCCCACAGACACUCUACAGCAAACAAUAAGUACAUGGAAACGUAUGACGAAGAGGCUGAAAACAAGUUCCUUAUGUACCUCGAUGCCAACAAUUUAUAUGGCUGGGCAAUGUCUCAACCUCUACCAAACGGAGAGUUCGAGUGGGUCGAGGAAGUUGAUAAAAUAAACCUAGAUGACUACCUUGGAGACAGCGGAAGGAGUAUGGUCCUUGAGGUUGACAUGGAAUAUCCAGAAGAACUUCACGACCUACACAACGGUUAUCCUCUAGCCCCGGAGAGCAAGGAAAUAGAUGCCUCAAUGUUGUCGAACUACGCAAAGAGUAUUGCUGAGAAAUUCCAGCUUACGAUUGUAGGAGUAAGAAAACUGGUGAACUCGCUAGGUCCCAGGAAGAACUACGUCCUACAUGCCCGCAAUCUGAAACUUUACAUGGAGCUUGGAAUGAAACUUACGAAGAUCCAUAGAGCAGUCUCCUUCAAGCAGUCAACUUGGCUGAAAAACUAUAUUGACUUCAAUACUCAAAAACGGUCAGUAGCUAAAAAUGCGUUUGAGAAAAACUUCUUCAAACUUAUGAACAACUCCAUCUACGGAAAGACUAUGGAAAAUUUGAGGAAGAGAGUUGACGUAAAAUUGGUGUCAUCGGAAAAUGACCUCCUAAAACUUACAGCAUCACCGUGCUUCCAAUCACAUAGGAUUAUGAAUGAGAACUUAAUUGUGGUAAAGAGAAUGAAGGAAGUGUUAACUCUGAAUAAACCGUGCUACGUGGGAAUGAGCAUACUAGACUUAUCUAAGACCCUGAUGUACGACUUCCACUACAACACAAUCAAAAAGGAGUACGGUGACAAGUCGAAGCUCCUAUUCACAGACACUGAUAGUCUAAUGUACGAGAUCAAGACUGAUGACGUGUACAAGGACUUCAGGAGGAUAGGUAAGAAGCAGGACUGUUGGGACAACUCAGAUUAUCCGAAAGAUUCUCCAUAUUACUCAGCUCACAAUAAGAAGGUAAUUGGAAAGUUUAAGGAUGAAGCUGAAGGAGUACCAGUGAUUGAAUUCGUAGGGUUAAGGUCAAAGAUGUACUCCUACGUGAAGGAAAGUGGUGGAGGUGGAAUGACAGCGAAAGGUGUGAAAAAGUACGUGAUUAGAAACAAACUCACUCACGAAAACUUUAAGAACGUAAUCAAGACCAAGGGUAGGAUGAGACAUAAGAUGAACACGAUUAGAAGCAUCAAACAUAAAAUCGGAACUUACGAACUGAAGAAAAUUACACUCAGCUGUUUCGAUGACAAAAGAUACCUACUUGAAGAUGGUGUUACAAGUUACGCGUACGGACACCACUCAAUAGGAGAAGUGAAGGCCGAGGUGGUGAUUGAAGAAAAAGUGGAACCAAGAUGUGUACUAGAAAGGGUUGAAACUCAGAGUGAAUACUGUAGACUCGAGGAAGCAGUAGAACUCUACGAAGGCUCUCCUUGGGAAAAUCUAGAACUAAAAGAAGAGAAACAUAUUCCCAGACCAGAAUACAAAGUAGUGAUUCCCCUAAAGAGGUUUAAGUUCAAGAAACCAACACCAUUGAGGGUAGUCAUAACUGAUGAGAAUCAUCUAAGGAAAAACUACGACAUAUUACCAAAAGAUGAAAAGAAAUAUUUAAGAAUGGUGUUGGGAGAGAAAGCGGAGUCGUUGGGCGUUCAGGUAAUCAGAACGCCUGGAAGUAAUAAGUUGACUGCAAUUGGAUUUUGAGUAAAUUGUUAAAUAGAGAAUUUAGAGAUUGGAUGAAAGUCGACUGGAAAUAAUAGAAAAAAAUAAGGUAAAAAAGACCAGAAAAAAUGGUCUAGAAAAAUAUGAGCCCGCGUUUUUCGGGGAAAAUAUGGAAACCGCUGACCGGAAGUUGGGUGAGAUCGCGGGCCGAAAAAGUGGUCUAGAACCCUCAGUUCCUAUACUACUAGUUUCGACAUAGUUAAUAAAUAUGUAUGAAAUAGUUAAAACAUAGUGACAAUAUAGGUAUAAAGAUGUAAUAAAUAGUUGAAAUGAGUUUCAACUAAGUUUAAAAUAGUCAAUAAAUAGUCGAAAAAUAGUGAUAUUAUAGUUUAAAAAUAGAUAAUAAAUAGUUCAAAAAUAGUGAUAAUAUAGUUUAAAAAUAGAUAAUAAAUAGUUCAAAAAUAGUGAUAUUAUAGUUUAAAAAUAGAUAAUAAAUAGUUCAUAAAUAGUGAUGAUAUAGUUUAAAAAUAGAUAAUAAAUAGUUCAAAAAUAGUGAUAUUAUAGUUUAAAAAUAGAUAAUACAUAGUUCAAAAAUAGUGAUAAUAUAGUUUAAAAAUAGAUAAUAAAUAGUUAAAAUACAUCCCAGCUUGUUAAAAAAUAGAUAAUAAAUAGUGGAUAUAAUAUUGCCCAAAUAGAUUAAAAAUAGUUAAAAAAUAGUAAUAACAUAUUAAAUAAAUAUUUAAAAUAUGUCCUGUUAAUACAGUUAAAAUAGUUAUUAAAUAUAGUGUAUACAAUUACAUAUAGCCUAUAAAUAUUUUUAAAAUAUAUUAUAAAUACCAGUAGUUAAAACAUAGAUAAUAAAAAGUUAAAACAUAUAAUGUAAAUAGUCUUUAAAUAAAAUAUAAUUAGUAAAAAAAAUUGAGAACAAGUGUAGAAGUGCUGAAACAUCAGAGGCUAUUACAGACCUUACUUUAGUAUUUACCGUCUGUAAAUUCCAGACAAUUUUACUUAUCAGUAGGUAGAGGUCUGUCAAUAAAUGAGUUAAAAAUCUGUAGUUAGCAGUCUCUUUGGUAGCCAAAUAGUUAAGUAUAUACAUACGGUAACUUGGCUGGAGACAGGGCAGAAAAAAAGCAAGAACAUCAUGUAACAUCAAGAAUAGGGCGAAGCUCAGCUGCAGCUAGUUCAGGCCUUCUUUACAGGUUAGAAAAAACAUUUAUAUAUUUGAAUAAUACCCUGAAUCUAGCUGGAUAUUUUUCAACUAUCCAACAUAUACCCUGUAUGGAGCUGCAUAGCAAAAACAUUCUAUCCUGCACACCCUACAAAGAACUUCAUUCUUCAAGUAAGGUAAGAGCAAAUUGCUCCUUUAUAGGUGUUAAUAUUUAGGUGAGAUAUGGGCGAACAUGCCACAGUCGGUAAGUAAAAUUGUCUAG